CAUUUUCCCACAGAGUUGAAUGGUCGACUUUUCACUGUGUUGUUUUCAUUACUUCACAGUUGCUUAUUUCGAAAGUUUUCACAAACAUGUGUUCUUAUUAGAGAAAUAAUCUAUUAACUCUGAUUCCGCAUCGUUAUUUUUUCCUCUCUCGCACUCUUUUGCAUCUGUGUUUUACCCUAUAAUGUCUGCCACUCGUAGGUUACAGAAGGAGCUGGGCGAUAUCAGAGCGUCUGGCAUCAAGUCGUUUAGAGAUAUCCAAGUUGAUGAAACAAACAUGUUGUCUUGGCAAGGACUCAUUGUUCCUGAUAAUCCUCCUUUCAACAAAGGUGCCUUCAGAAUCGAGAUAAAUUUCCCAGCAGAGUAUCCUUUCAAGCCUCCCAAAAUAACUUUUAAAACCAAAAUUUAUCACCCUAAUGUUGAUGAAAAAGGUCAAGUCUGUUUAUCUAUUAUAAGUCCCGAGCAUUGGAAACCAACAACUAAAACGGAUCAAGUGAUCCAAGCACUAAUUGCUCUAGUAAAUGAUCCUGAGCCAGAGCAUCCUUUACGCGUAGAAGUAGCUGAUGAAUUCGUCAAAGAUAGGAAGAAAUUUAUUAAAAAUGCAGAAGAAUUCACAAAAAAGUACAGUGAAAAGAGACCUGCUGAUUAAUUUCUCCUCUGACCUUGGAAAUUGUGAUUCAUCAAAUUUUUUCAUUUUCUUUUUUUCUUUCUUUUUUUUUUAAUUCGAUUAUUUUUUGUUUUUCACCGUACUUUUUCUUGUAGGUUUUUUUCCUAUCAUUUUUUUUUUAUCAUUCAUUAUUAAAUAUUUCUUUUAUUGCUUGUUAAUGAGACAAAAAAUUGAAAGGAAACAAGAUAGAAAAACACCAAGUUGUAAAUAGAUGAAGUAUUUUUGUGUGUUUUCUUCAUUUCUGUAAAAAAUAUCCAAAACAUUCAUCCCUAAUUCUAAUUUUUCCUCAAUUUUUAUGUAGGAAAAUUUUAUUUCUCUUUAAGCAUUUUUAAGGAAUAGCAGAACUAAAUAUUGAUCUUUUGUAGAUUUUAUUUUUCUUUCCUUCUUCUUUUCAUUACUUCUUUUGCUUGAUCAAGAGAGAGGUCUUAGCACUUGGAAGAUAAAUAAUGGUUUACCAGUCGCAAAGUUAAAUGUGAUGCUCAAGUUCAUUUCUGACCAGCUCCAUAAUUAUUUUGCUUUACUCUAGGUGCAAUUUUGCAUUAGUCUUUGAUAGAUUUAUCAGAUUGAAUUAAUUGAUCCGUACCCUGUUGACAGAUGAGUGUAAAUGAAGCUGGUUUUUUUAGAUUUGUUAAAUUUGUGAUGUCUCUUCGAGCAUAAUCUUGUUGGCAGAUUCAUUAGUUCUUGAUAAUUGUUGACAUCUGUUCUUGUGUUUAUUUUAAUUGAAACAUGUGAAAUCAAUGAAAAUGUUUUCAUCUUCGACUGGCAAGAACAGAUAAUACAUGUGCUAUUUGACAUCAAUGGCUCACGACUUUAUAGGUGCUCUCUAUCUUACACAUUGUUCCCUGAUUAUUUAAAUGAAAAUAAAAGUUGGUUUAAGAAAUUCUGAAAAAAGGCGUAAUUUUUCCAUGAUUGCUACUUCCACAAGAUUUCACAUAAUACACUUGAACUGCCACCUGUUUCCGUAAAUACAUCUGGAAAUAUUUUUAUUCUUAUCAUUUUAUUUUACUCGUUAGUUUGCCCUUUUGAGGACAGCAGCCUUAGCAUUGUGUAUUUUUUGUUUCUUACCCAGUAUUUCUUUCUUAAAGACGAAUGAAGCAAGAGCGAAAGUCUCUGUGAGAGAAUUAUCUGCUCAAUUAUUGAGCCUCUUUCUCCUCAUCAAGGGAGAUUCUGUUUCGAACAAAGUGCACAAAACUUUGGUGCUGCCUCAAUGACAGCCAAGUUGUAUCCGCUCAAUCGAUGCAUUGUUUCUCUCUUCUUUUUGUCUCCACUUGUAUAAGAGCUAUCUUUUGCCAUUUUAUCACAGAAUACCUGAAAAAAAACCUAACAGAGAUGACGAACCCUUCAUGGAUUUGCAAUUUGAUGAAACUUAUUUAUAAUGCAUUCUGUAUUAUUCUGAACAAACGCCUCAAUGGGUACUCAAAGAUUCCAUUUGCCAAGUUGGAAAAAUUUGCCAUUGAACAAUAAUAAAAAUCAGUAUAGGCAAAAUCAUGCAGUUCUGUAGCAUGAAGAGAUAUCUUCACCCACCACAUGGAUAACCUAAUUAAUUUUGUGUAACUACGAGAUAAAAAUUUUCACCUUUCCAUUUGUCAUUAUGUAUUCAGAAACUCCUAGGUAUUUUCCCUUUUUGUUUGAAAUAAUCAAUCAAUUGAUUAGGUUCCCCUCGCUUUUCUCUUGCGCAUUAAAUAAUCCAAUUUUUGCAAAUAUUCAGAAGCAAAUGUCUUUAAAACGGCAUAUGGAAUCUUCGAGAGUCCAUCUGUACCUUUCCUCUUGAUAGUUCAAAGAGUAUUUCAGCUCCAUCAAAUUCAACCGAAAAACUAUUACAGUCACUAGUUUGCCACCUCUUUUAAAGUUCACAACAAAAAAAAACUGAAGUUAAGAGUUAGGCUCAUUUAUUUGUUUAUUUUUCCUAAACAAAUGCAGCUCUGUAAAAAGUCUUUUUCUUGCUGUCAGGUUGUUUAUAAAAAGCCUUAACUGAAUUCAAACAUUGAAAUUUAGUCAAAGAUUUUCUCUUUACACAAAGUCUUAGUUUUUAACAUUCUUUCCAUCUGUAGAUUUCGUUAUUCUUUACAAUCGAUUAAUUUGGUCGUUAUUGAUGUGUAUCAUACCUCUAAAGUGGAAAUAAUUAAGUUGAGCUUUGUUAACCAUUGAUACUUUUUACACAUUUUUGAACAUUAAUUCAACAUUCUUACUCAGUUUUUAAAUUUUUUUUGGUCUCUCAGCUUAAAAAGAAAAAUUACUCUAGUAUCAUAGACUCAGUAUUCCAAGAAAAGUAGCCGCAUCAUAAGUGCCAUCAAGAUUUAGAAAAGAAAGAAUGCACUUGAACAGUAAAAUUUUAGGAUUUGUUUCUUUCAAGAGUGAGUAUUUGCUGAGACUUGAUGAGAAUCGCUCUUACUCUAAGUUAAAAACUAUAAACUUGUUUGCACCUGUUUUCGUCAUUGCAAAACUUCUCACAGGAAAAUCAUCUUUUGAUUUCCUAUCACAAUAAGACUUGAAUCAGUGUGGUUAAUUUCCUAGGUCAAGUAACUGUCAACAAUCAACUCACCCUGCACGUGUGAAACAUCAUUUUUGACAUGUCUGUUAAAACUGAAACACUGAACUGGACAAGUUUUUGUGUUGUUCUUUUUGGUUGCAUUUAAUAAUCUUAGCUAAGAAAAUUUUAAUUAUUAAUUGUGUUGGUCGUUUUAACUUGUUAAUAUUCUCAGUGUUUCCUUCUAUUUCAUAUUAAAUGGUACCUACUGAUGCAAACAUCAUGUUAGUAAGCAUCCUUCUUUAUGUAAUUUGUAUUAGUUUGUAAUUACAAGGCAGGUUAGAUGUUCUUAGCAGUACUAACAUGACAAAUGUACUCCUUAACGUCAGCCCCUCUUUUUAUUUGAUUUCAUCCACUUGAAUCGAUCCUGUUCACCAAGAAGUUAAUGAAGAAUAAAUAUUUUCAGAAAAAGAUA